AUGAAGCACAUAUCCAUUCUGCUGGCUCUCAUCUGUGUCUUGGCCUGUGUGGGCAGCCUUCGGGCGCAGUGCUGUCGGCAAUCGUUGACCCUGAUGUAUAGAUAUAACAGGCCAGGACGCACCUGUGCCGAUGCUGGUGGUCGUCUAAGCAACAAUCCAAACAUCUGCACGAUCACUAUUUGUGCCGAUGGCCGGGCUAAGCAGGGCAGCUACUGUGGCCGCGGACCCUGCAACAUCUUUGGCUGCAAUUGCGAUUAUGGCUGCAUUCCCGGCAAUUGGAUGCAAACUUUCCUCGAAAGAAAUAGACGUCUGGGUGUUACAGUUACGGACUCGAGAUGGUCUGCAAAUUAG